AUGUCUGAAAGUCCCUCUUCAAAUUCACAAGAAAUUAACAAUGAUAGAGAUUUAUUAUCAAAUAAUAGAGUCAUUAAUGAAAGGGAUUCUUCAAAAACACAGAGAGAAAGUGAUGCAAAUACUAUGCUAAAUGAAGAAAGUCCAACUGCAACUUUAGGUGGAGACAUCAAUGCUUCCACUUUAGAGCUUUCAGAUAUUACUAUACAUGUUUGUUCAAAUUGUGGAGAUCCUGCACAAUACUUAUGUAUGGCUUGCGGACAGUCGGGACCUCGUUAUUGUUCUCCAAAAUGUCAAACUGAAAAUUGGACCAAAGGUCAUUCCUCAGUAUGUAAAGCUGCACAUGCUGGUCAGCUUUCUAAUGUAGAAAGUGGUGAAGGAAGCGUUACUGUAAGUAGAUCUAAUAGUAAGGUUUAUGCACGUGGACAAAUUGCACAAAUUAUCAAUAAAAAAGGAGGAAAUUCAACUUUAUCAUCACCCGCGAGAGUACCAUCAUUUACGAACGAGAGACCUUCGUCUACAAAUCAAGCUAGUUCGUUUGAUGAAAACCAAGUAGAUGAAUUUAGAUUCUACAUGCAACAAGUUUAUAGAAUUAUUAAACCUGUAGUUGUGUGUAUUUUAUUAUCUGUAUUUUGGGUUAAACUAUCAAUCCUUGCUCCAGAAUUUCGGUAUGAUAUGUUAUUAUAUCAAAAAUUAACAUUGGAUUUCGCCUCUAAACUAAUAGUUUUUAAUGAUAAAUUUAGACCAAAACACGCAACUCAACAAUUUGUUGAUACUUCAGAAAAUACACCCGAAUCCACUUAUUUUCUUAAUUCUUUCUUGGUUGCAGCAAUUAUAAUAGGACAAAUUAUUGUUGUUACAAUAAUUAUAGUUUGUUUAUUUAAACAUGGUAUUACAGAUCCUUAUAGGUUUCUUUAUGGUUGUGGUACUUCUACUUCUUGGAUUCAUGGGAAACCUUUUAAUGAUGAGCAUCUUAGAGGUGUUUCAAAUUCCAAUGGAUUAUAUUACGCUUAUUUUUGCAUUGUGGAACUUUGCUGCAGUAGGACUUAUUUCUGUUUUUUGGAAAGGACCUCUGUUAUUGCAACAAAUGUAUUUGACUAUUAUGUCAAGUUUGAUGGUUUAUCAUCAUGGACCACAUGGAUUUUAUUGGCGUUAUUAGCUAUUUGGGAUUUGAUUGCCGUGCUUUGUCCUUUUGGUCCUCUACGCAUUUUGGUUGAAAGCUCACGUGAUGAUCAGAGGGAGAUACCGGCAUUAUUAUAUUCUGUAAAUGCUGUAUGGUUGAUGGCAUCACCGGGACUUUCUAACCAAUUUACAUCAUUUAAUUCGUUAAGAUCAUCAUCAUCAUCUUUUCAGGGAAGGGAUCUUAGCACUCAUACUGGCGAAGAAAUUCCAUUAUCAGAAAACAUAAAAUAUAAUCGUGAUAAUCGAAAUGUUCAUGGUGAAGGUGAAGUUGAGGGAGUAUUUGUCAAUGUUAACGAUACGAAUGAGAACUCGAGAAGACAGUCUCUUCCGGAUCAACCACCGCAACCGAAUGAUGAUUCAUUGGACGAUGAUGAAGAGGAAAAAAGUGGAUUGAAAUUAGGAUUAGGUGAUUUUGUAUUUUAUAGUGUCCUUGUAGCCCAAGCUGCCUUGUUUGAUUGGAUAACAACUGUAGCUUGUAUAGUCGCCGUUCUAACGGGACUUAAUACGACUAUAUUUCUUCUUGCUAUUUAUAAGAAAGCGCUUCCUGCAUUACCAAUUUCAAUUGCUUUCGGGAUGUUAUUUUAUUUUGUUACACGUUAUACUUUAGUUCCAUAUGCACAGUUUCUUGGAUUAUUUUUAAUUGCCGUUUGA